AAUUAAUACUCUAGACGGCUAUUAAGUCCAGCAGAACCGUCCAGUUAACCAAGAUGUCCAUCUACCGAACUCAAAGACGUAAUGAGGACUUAUCGGUUCCACUCUCGCGAGCGUUCACGGAGCUUCGUCUAUGCAAACACGGAAUUCUUUCCUGCUUCCAUCGACCACCUACAUAACACACAUACACCCACACACAUAUAUAUAUAUAUAUAUAUGCACCUGGAUCGAUCACGCUGCAAGAUACGGGAAUUGCAUGUCCGCACGUUUGUGCAGUGCGCGUGUCGCGCACGCGAUAAUGAAUAACGGAAAGCGCGCGCAGUCGGUGGUGAUAUCAGCCCGCCUAAUUUCAUCAUGCCGUCGCGCCUUACCCACGUGCUGCUGUUAGCCAGACUUUAUUGUUAGACGCGCGGCCGCCAUUUCUGGCUCGUCACCGACGUGUCACACGAUACGUAUUUAAGUGAGGAUAUGCAAUGCGCGAAAAGCUCAUUACCAAGUUCAUAUAUUCCGAGUAUUUCGCGACUCGUUCGAUUCCAGGCUGCCGUUAGGCGAGAGAUAACAGCGCGUCGCCGUGCCUUUCGCGGAGGGGGGAGACGGUGUUUCGAGAAAACCGCAAAAUUAGCACGAUUCGUUAAACCGCGAAUACUCGGGGUGAGUACGCGCGAAAUCCCGAGAUUGUCGUAGGUCUUCGGGCAUCGUAACUUCGUCGUCGAGUUGAUUUUUCGCGCUUCCGAAGUUCGGAGAGCAUUUCGAAGAGCGAGAGGCGGGAAUCGGCCGAGCGACGACCUCCGCUAUAAAGCCGCGCGGAAGAGACCGCGGCGGCGGUGGCAGCGGUGGCGACGGCGUGGCGGAAAGCCACGAAGUUCUCGUUGAAACUCGAGGCGCUAGUCAACGGCGGUCUCUCGUGCGGUACGUACGCUUACGUGGACACGAGGGAACGGCGUGCUCCGACGCUGCUCGCCGAGAGACCUGAACUCAGGAAUGAGAUAUCACCGGCCACUGGAUUCGGUUUUUUGCGGCGUUCGAACUACCUAGAGCUGCUGUAUUGCGAUUACCCAGUAUUACACCCGACAUAGUAAUCGUGCAAAUAAGAUAUCAACGAACAAGGCAAUAUGGCAAUUACCGACGAAAGCAACAAAGCGCCGACGGAGUUGGACACCUUCCUCCCUCUGGACGGAUCCAAUCUCAAGGACGGCGUCUUAUCGGCCAAAUACAAAGUGCAAGUCGCGCCACGCGAUGUCGAAGCCGGACAAGUCGACGGGAACGGCUUCGAUCCCUUUGCGGAGCGCAAAGUGGACAAUCCGACGACGGAUUGCGAUACGUUGACGCAUUUACUGAAGGCUUCCCUCGGCACUGGCAUAUUGGCCAUGCCCAUCGCGUUCAAGAAUGCCGGACUACUCGUGGGUAUCUUCGCCACGAUACUCGUCGCGUUCAUAUGUACACACUGUGCCUACAUACUGGUCAAAUGCGCGCACAUGCUUUACCACAAGACCCGAACGACGGAGAUGAGCUUUGCGGACGUCGCUGAGACGGCCUUCAGCACCGGACCUCAGUGGGCGAAGAAGUUCGCGAAACCCUCCAGAUACCUCAUUCAAAUCAGCCUGUUUGCAACUUACUUCGGCACCUGCAGCGUAUAUACGGUGAUCGUUGCGGCGAACUUCAAGCAGAUCAUCGAGCAUUAUCAGGGUCUCGAUGGUGGCGAAUACAGCAUCCGGCUGAUCACCGUUUAUUUACUGAUACCGUUGAUCCUGCUCAGCUGGAUACCCGACUUGAAGUACCUCGCGCCAGUCUCGAUGGUGGCGAAUAUUUUUAUGGGCACGGGACUCGGCAUAACGUUUUACUAUUUGGUCUGGGAUUUGCCACCGUUGAACUCAGUGCCUCUAGUAGCGUCCGUCGAAAAUUUCCCGCAGUUCUUCAGCAUCACCGUCUUCGCCAUGGAGGCGAUCGGCGUGGUGAUGCCGUUGGAGAACAGCAUGAAGACGCCACAGCACUUCGUGGGGAUCUGCGGGGUCCUCAACAAGGGUAUGUCCGCAGUUACGUUAGUGUACAUUUUCCUGGGAUUCCUCGGCUACGCGAAGUACCAGGACCAGACGAUGGGCAGUAUCACUUUGAAUCUACCGACGGAAGAGAUUCCGGCGCAGGUUGUAAAAAUAUUGAUCGCGUUAGCUGUGUUCUGCACAUUCGGCCUGCAAUUUUACGUGUGCCUUGACAUCGGCUGGAAUACGAUAAAGAGUCGCUUCGUUAAGAGGCCGCGAUUAUCUAAUUACAUUAUGAGGACUGUGCUUGUGAUCGGUGCAGUUCUCCUUGCUGUGGCGGUGCCGACGAUAGAACCGUUUAUCGGCUUGAUCGGAGCAUUUUGCUUUUCCAUCUUAGGCCUCUUGAUCCCGGUCUUCAUCGAGACCGUGACUUAUUGGGACGUAGGCUUCGGGCCGGGCAACUGGGUGGCCUUGAAAAAUGUAAUCAUAACCGUGAUGGGCCUGAUAGCACUGAUAUUUGGAUCGCGCAGUGCCAUAAUAGAUAUAGUAUCAUUGUACACUUGAUAGAGAAAAAGUACCUCUUGUUGAGGAAAUCUUGA